UUUAAUAAUUUUGUUGUCUUUAAGAUAGUAAAAGUAAAUGUUACGUUUUAACUUUCUGUCCCUGUGAUAAUCUGCAUCAAUUGGGGGAAAGUUGCACUUUUCUUCUGUCCCUCUGUGGUGGGCCUUCUUUUUGCCCUACAAACACGUUCCUUUCCCAUUUACUUCCUGUCUGCUCUCAGCCUGGUCUUUCACAAUUAUUCCCUGUCUGCUCCCAUUCUUUAAUUCCCUGUAGGGUCCUAGCCUUUCCCCAUUCACUCCCUGUCUGCUCCCGCAGUAUUUCUGCUCUUACUACCUGUCUCUCACAGUCUUUUCCUGGCCAUCCCCCGUCAACAUGGAAAUUCUAUACUUAUGGGUAUCUCCUGCUGCUUCCCAGCCUGGACAGAAGAAAUGGUUGAUUUCACCACCCCAUAAAGCCCACCCCUUCCUAUUCCUCCUCAGUCUUUUCUUCUGUCCCAGCCUGGAUGCAGUAGGAGAUUGUUCCCUCUGUACUUCAGGUGAAAAUUUAUACUCACACUUAAGAUUACCGGGCACAGUUCUUAGGGAGAUUCUCUUUGCCCGAAGCCCCUAUCCUGUGUGGCAACUGCGUUGUCUGGAGGCGGAUUACGGCGGGGCUGGAUGUUGUUGCCGCAUUUGCGGUUCAAGGUGCGCUCCAGUGUGCGCGAUGACGUCAUCACUCGGCGACGGCUGAAAAUUUAAAAGUUUGGCGCUAAGUCGCAGCGCUGCCUUGGAUAUUGGCGUUUAUUCUGCCUGUGCAAAAUGGAUCCAGCUGCCCCGAAGAGGACUGCUUCCAAGGUGAUAGUUGCCUCUGCUGAAGAGCCUACUAAAAAGAGAGAUAAGCAAGAUGCUGAGAAGAGAUGCCGAGCAUGUGUUAAUAUGGCUAUGAGAGAUAAGAAAUUUUGCCAGGACUGCUUUGAUGAUUAUCUGUCUAGGCAGAUUAACCCCUCUGUGGCCAGGGAUUCUCCCCAGGAUAUGCCUAUUCCUUCAACAUCUGCCACUUUGCCUGAUCAGCAGUCUUUGAUGUCAUGGAUUAAAACUGCAGUAUCUCAAUCUCUUAAAGAGACAGUUCUCUCUAACCCAGAUUUGUCUGUAUUUAAUAGAGAUCCUUCUAUUCAGGAGGAUUCUUCGGAUGACAGCUCUUCAUCUGAUGAGGAAUUGCCUAGUGAUGAAAUUUCAGUGUUCGAUCAGAAACAUCUUACUCCCCUCAUUAGGGCUAUUAGGCGCACCUUGAAUCUGGAGGAUGCAAGUCAGCCUUCUACCUCCCUUCUAUUUUCUAAAAAAGCGAAGAUGGCUUUUCCUAUUCAUAAGGAAGUGCAGGAUUUAAUCCGUUUGGAAUGGGAGAAGAUUUCCAGGAGAAUUCCAGCGGAAAGAAGGAUUGAGAAAUUAUAUCCUUUCUCUGAUGAUAUUCAAGAUACUUUGAAUAAACCUCCUUCGGUGGAUGCUCCAGUGGCAAGAUUGUCGAGGAAGUCGGCGUUGCCGAUAGAUGAUAUAUCUGCUUUAAAAAAUCCCAUGGAUCGCCGCAUGGAAACUGAGCUGAAAAAAUGCUACAUUUCAGCAGGAGCAGCCUGUAAGCCUUCUAUUGCAUUGGUGUCAGUUACCAAGGCACUUUCCCUUUGGGCAGAAAACCUAGAGCAGGCCGUUAAAGAUCGAAUGCCCAGAGAGAAGAUUCUGGAAGGUCUUGAAGAUUUCAGGUUGGCCUCUAAUUUUUGCCUGCAAGCAUCCUUGGAUUUAGUGCAAUUGUCUGCUCGCUCAAUGUCCUUUGCUGUAGCAGCCCGUAGAGCCCUUUGGGUAAGAUCUUGGUUUGCGGAUACUGCUUCCAAAAAUUCGCUUUGCAAGAUGCCUUUUGAGGGCAAGAAAUUAUUUGGCAAGGCCUUGGACGACAUCAUAUCAAAAUCUUCUGGGGGCAAGAGUACUUUUCUGCCGCAAAGUAGAAGAUUUCCUGAUAACUUCAGGAGGCGGCCAGAAAGUUCCUUUCGAAGAAGAGAUGAUACUAGAGGAUUCAGAUUCGGAAGAGAUUUUAGAACCUCGAAUUGGCGUGCAGGCCAAACAUCUUUUAGGGCCAGAGCUAGACCUCCAAGGUCCCCCAAGUCCUCUUCAAAGGCUCAAUGACGGUCUCUCUACCCAUCCUCCUGUAGGGGCAAGACUUUUGGCCUUUCAAGGAGUAUGGGCCAAGGAGUUUACAGACACAUGGGUAGUCACUACAAUUCAAAGAGGCUACCAAUUAGAAUUUUCUUUAUAGCCUACGUUAGACCAUUUCGUUGUUUCAAACAUACCAAUAGAUCCAGAAAGAAGAGAAGUCCUUUUUCAUUAUGUUCAGCAGCUGCUGAUGAAACAAGCAGUUACAGAAGUUCCUUUCCAAGAAGAAGGAACAGGAUUCUAUUCUCCUCUUUUUCUAGUUGUCAAGGCAACAGGGGACUUUCGUCCAAUUUUGGAUCUCCGAAGAAUAAACAAAUUUCUAAAGUAUCAACCCUUCAAAAUGGAGACAUUGGCGACCAUAAAGAGGGUUAUUCAUCCAGGGGAUUGGCUGGCAUCCUUGGAUCUGAAGGAUGCCUACCUUCACGUGCCCAUUGCUUUGGAGCAUCAGAAAUUUCUGCGUUUUUUUCUUCAGGGUCGGCACUACCAAUUCCGCUGUCUCCCGUUUGGUCUAGCAACCUCGCCCAGGACCUUUACCAAGAUUCUUGUGGUAAUAAUAGCCAAGCUGAGACGGGAGAAAAUCGAAGUCUACCAUUAUCUGGACGACUUGCUGCUCGUAGCCAGAGAUCCAAAGAGCUUAUCUGCCAACCUUCAAGCGACCAGGGACACUCUGGAGAAGUUUGGGUGGAUCAUAAAUACGGCCAAGUUCUUAUACCAGUUCAGAGGAUGAUCUACCUGGGCGCUCAGUUGGAUACAGUCCUGGGCAUGGUAUCUCUUCCAUUGCGGAAGAUCCGUCAUAUUGUACUUCAGGUCGAUCAGUUGCGGGGGAGGUCCUACACCUCAGCGAGGACAUUUAUGAGUCUUUUAGGUCUCCUCACUUCAACGAUAGGUCUGGUGAGAUGGGCCAAAUGGAGGAUGAGACCGGUUCAACUUUCGUUUCUCAGGCAGUGGAAUCCAGUUGUCCAGGAUUGGUCUCGGUUAAUCCAGAUCACCGGAGAAUGCCGACAAUGUCUUGUUUGGUGGACGGUUCCGAGCAACCUUCGGAGGGGAUUCCCUCUCAAAGAACCAGUUUGGAUGGAGAUAUUUACGGACGCUUCUGGUGUAGGUUGGGGAGCUCACCUACUAGAUCACUAUGCUCAGGGAGCUUGGGAAGAGAAUCUAUCCGAGAUCCCAUCCAAUGUCCUAGAGAUCAGGGCGAUCUCACAAGCACUUCGGGCAUUCGAGAAAGUCAUCCUCGGUUCCUCAGUGAAGAUCAGGACAGACAAUGUCUCAGCUGUGGCAUAUGUCAAGGGCCAGGGAGGAACGAGGAGCAAGACCCUUCUCAGAGAGAUAACACCAAUCAUGCAGUGGGCUCAAACUCAUCUUCAAGACCUUACUGCUCAACACAUUCCGGGUGUUCAGAAUUCAUGGGCGGAUUGCCUGAGCCGUCACCAUUUACCGAAGGGAGAAUGGGAGCUGAAGCAGAAGGUUUUUCUCUGGAUAACAUCUAUUUGGGGCUGCCCGCAGAUAGAUCUGAUGGCAACAGAUCGGAAUGCCAAGCUUCCGGUCUUCUUUUCCAGAGCCCCUUGUCCAGGAGCAGCAGUACUGGAUGCCUUCUCCCAGAAUUGGAAGGAUCUAUUUGCCUAUGUGUUUCCUCCAAUACCGGUAAUACUAAGAGUAUUACAGAAGAUUAUGAAUACGAGAAUGGAAGUGAUAGCAAUUCUCCCCGACUGGCCCAGGAGGCCUUGGUAUCCGCUCUUGAGACGCCUAUCAAUUGCGGAUCCGUUGCCAAUCCCACACUCCAGGGACCUCCUACUUCAGGGUUCUCGGAAACAUCCCAAUCCAGUGAGUUUCAAGCUAGCGGCUUGGAGAUUGAGAGGAGGAUCCUGAAAGAAUAUGGUUGUUCUGACUCAGUCAUUGAGACCUUGGUUAGGGCUAGGAAGAGUAACACCAAUUCUAAGUACCAUAAGGUAUGGAGGACCUUUAGUUCUUGGGCUAUGAGUAAACUCCUGGAUCCUUUGACACCUUCAGUAGCAGUUAUAUUGGAGUUUCUCCAGGAAGGUCUUCAAAAGGGGCUGAGCCUUAGUACUUUAAAGGGUCAAGUUUCAGCUUUGUCAGCAGUUCUGGGAAAGAGAUGGUCCAAGGAACCCCUAAUAGAGAGAUUCUUUCAGGGAGUGAAAAGAAUCCGGCCUCCGACUAGGCCUCUUUUUCCUUCCUGGGAUCUUCCGCUUGUCUUAAGGGCCUUAUCGGCUGAACCUUUUGAGCCUCUGGAACAGAUAUCGCUUUGGUUACUAACCUUGAAGACUUUCUUUCUAGUAGCUAUCACGUCAGCUCGCAGAAUCUCUGAGCUCCAAGCUCUUUCUGUGGAUCCACCUUAUACAAUCUUUCAUGAGAAGAAGGUGCACCUUAGGCCAGUUCUUAAUUUUCUUCCUAAGGUGGUAUCGAAAUUUCAUAUUAAUGAGCCGAUUGUUUUGCCUUCAUUUGAGAAUCUUACAGCUUCCCAAGAGAAAGAUCUGUCGCUGGAUGUCAAGAGAUGUUUGGAAAUCUACAUCAAAAGAACAGAAAGUUUCAGGAAAUCAAGAAUGCUCUUUAUUAUUCCCGCUGGGAAAAGAAAAGGGGAGCAAGCCGCUAAGUCUACUCUAAGUUCCUGGAUAGUCAAGGCUAUAUCAAGAUCAUAUAAAGAGCAGGGCAACUCUCUUCCCAAGGGAGCUAGAGCACAUUCGGCCCGUGGUGUGGCAGCUUCUUGGGCAGCGGAAGCAGGAGCCUCCUCUGAGGACAUUUGUAGAGCAGCGACCUGGGUCACGCCCAAUACAUUCAUUAGGCAUUACAGAUUGGAUGUGAUGUCUUUUUCUCAGGCCCAGUUUGGGCAAUCUAUCCUUCUUUCAGCUACUUCUGUAUAAUAAAUUGAUCAGCAUUAAUCCCGCCCUUGUAUUGAUUGCUUGGGUAUAUCCCAUAAGUAUAGAAUUUCCAUGUUGACGGGGGAUGGCCAGGAAAAGAGAAAAUUAAAUAAUACCUACCGGAAUUUUCUUUUCCUGGCCAUCCUCCCCGUCAACAUGCCCGCCCUAUUGUGACUUUAUAAUCAGACUGAGGAGGAAUAGGAAGGGGUGGGCUUUAUGGGGUGGUGAAA